AUGUUUGUUGAAGGAGAUCCUGACUCACUCUUCUUCUUCGUUCGCUUUUUAAAAGUGUUUAUGUGACAAAACUCAUAUAGAUAAAAAGUUGAUGCUCAAUAAUGUACGUGACAUGUAAAGAACUAAAGCAAGCAUUAUUUUGUCUACACAAUCGUCGUAUAUGAAGUGUUAUUUCUAAAACAAAGGUAUGUAACAUGUAAAGAAUUAAAGCAAGCAUAAUUUUGUCCACACGAUCGUCGUAUAUGAAGUCUUAUUUCUAAAACAAAGGUAAUUUUACAAUAAAAAAUGGCUUCGCCACCUAACAAAUUAAAGAUUGAGGAAAAUGGAUCUCGUUUAAGUAAACUUUUAAUCAAUAAAGGAACCCAAGGCUUAAAAACAACAUUGCAAUUAAAUUUUAACAAUUUUUCAUCAAGUUUGAUCACUGAACUAAAUGAUUCUUCUACAAUGAACAAAUUGACUUUACUAAAAAAGAAAAAAGUCAUCAAUGAAAUGCAAUGGGAUCUUCUUUAUCCAUCAACUGGUUUGCCAAACCUUGAAAACUUUGAGAUUUCAUUAUUGACUGUUUUAUUGCGUAACAUAUGUGGUCUAACAGCGCCACAUGGUGGAUGGGAUAGUCUUCCUUCGUCUUCAGACUCUUCAACCUCAGCAAACAUUGCAAGAAUAAAAUUUUAUCGAAACAAAGUGUACGGUCACAUUACUACAACUAGUGUAGAUGACAGUACGUUUGAGUACUUGUGGCAGGAAAUUUCAAAAGCAUUGGUUGUUCUGGGUAUUCAACAAACUGAAAUAGAUGAACUAAAGAAAGCUCCCCUCAGUCCCGAUGAGGCAAAUUAUAUUGAAAUGUUAAAAGAAUGGUAUAAAGAAGAACGACAGUUAAUUAAAGUCGUAGAGAAAGUAGAGGAAAUCAAAGAAAUCAUGUCAACGAAGAAUGAUGUUGCAGAAAUUAAGCAAGAGAUGGCAACAAAAGCUGACGUUGUUGGAAUAAGAGAAAUAAUACAGGGCAAAAUUUCUUCUGAUCUUAAGAAGCUUGGAAAGUGUAAGUUUAAUGGUCUUAUAAAAGAUCUUAACAAGAAAUACCUUGAAGGCACUAGACAAUGGUUAUUUGAAAAUCUCGACACUUGGUUUAACGAUAGAAGUGAAGAUGCUUCUAAUGUCAUGAUUUUGAUUGCCGGUCCUGGCGUUGGUAAAAGUGUGUUUGCUGCUGAGUUGUGUCGACGAUAUUCUGAAAAGAGAAAACUUGCUGCUUGUCAUUUCUGCAGAUAUAAUCGAUCCGAUGAGAGGAAUCCUCGAAUAUUGAUAGAAUCAUUGGCUUGUAGCAUGUGUGAUACAUUAUUAGAUUUUAAAAGUAAACUGAAUGAAGAAUUACAAAGAAACCAUUCAAAAGACUCAAUCACCGAUGCAUUCCGUGUUUUAUUAAAUAAUCCAUUGCAUUCAUUGGAAGAUCAUGAACCAAUGCUUUUGGUUAUUGAUGCCUUAGAUGAAAGCGAAGUUGAUGGCAAAAGUGAAUUGUUGGAGUUGAUUGCAGAAGAAUUUGACAGACUGCCUAAAUGGAUUAAAAUCUUCAUCACCAGUCGUCCAGAACUUCCUGUUCAAAAGGAGUUGAAAGACAUGAAUCCUGUGGAAAUAAAAACUAAACCUCGAGAUGAAAACAACGAAGAAGACCUGCACAAGUAUUUGAGACAUCAGUUGAAUGAUCGGGUGCAGAAAAAUCGCUACCUUCUUCAGUCAUUAGUUAAAAAAUGUGAGGGAUCAUUUCUUUAUGCUUAUCACGCACAACUGAGCUUAAAUAAAGAAGAAAUUGAACUUACUUACGAAAACAUUCAACAAUUGGUCCCGAGUGGGUUAGGCAGUGUUUACAAAAAGCAAUUCAAAAGGGUAAAAGAGUUGCUGACAGAGAAAAGUCUUUCAACCGGAAAUUCAGUUAUUUCAAAAAUUAUCUUUAAGCAAUUUCUUGAAUUGUUGGCUGCCUGUCGGGAAGUUUUACCAUUAACUUUGCUUUUUAGCUAUUUAGGUAUUUCUGAUGACAUCAAGUUUGAAGUCUGCAAUAAAAUCCUUGAACUGUUAUCUCAAAUUUUGCCAGUUUACGAUGAUUGUUUAACUGUGUAUCACAAAUCUCUAAUUGAUUGGUUAAAAUCAGAUGGUUACGAACAGCAUGAGUUUACAGUUAGUCCAAAAAAUGGUCAUAAGUUCUUAUGGCAUGCUUGUGAGAAAGUGUUUAAACAUAUUAAGUCGAUGAACAUUUUUGAAGAUCAGAUGAACACUGCUAUGAUUAAAUAUGCUUUGAAGAAUGGAAUCUAUCAUUUGUCAAAAUGUGGCGAAAAUGUUGACUUUAGCUGGGCAGUAGAUAUCAAAGUGGUUUUUGCGAGGUUAAUGUGUGUGGAAGACAUUAACGGGAUUACCAUUAGGUGUGAAUUAUCUGAAAUCAUUAAGGAACUACUAACUUUCUUGAGAAAAGAUGUACUUGAGGAACCACUGUUUGAUUUUUUUACCACAAUGAAACUUCUGUCAUCUACGUUACAUCGAGCCUUAAUUUUUUUACAAACUAUUGCAGACAGAAUUCAUGUCAGUAACGAAGAAAGAUUUUUGGCAAUGGAUUUAUUGAAACAAGGAAAAGUUGUUUGGUUUGAGAAUUUAGACUCGACAUUUUUAACAAACCGUCAUCAUUUGACUCUCUCCUUGCCUGCCAACGUUACAUCUCUUUGUGUGUCAUCCAAUGAAGAACUUUUUGCUGUAGGAUAUGAAAAUGGUCAAAUAUCUAUUUUUGAACUUCCAGAAUUCAAACAACGAUGCACUCUAGGGACUGCACUUGAUGAUUCAAGGUUGGAUAAGUGGGAUGAUGUAGAUGAUGUAGACACAUUAAUGUCGCCGUAUGACAACUAUGACUAUCCACGAAUAACGCGGAAUCGUGGAAUUGUCUGUUGUUGCUCCUUUUCACCUACUGGAAAUAGACUGGUAACUAGUGAUGGAUCUCCCGAAGUAAAGUUGUGGGAUGUUAACAAUGGACGUUUGUUAUUAUGUUUACAGUCAGAUGAUGUCGUUAAUCUUUGCUCUUUCUUAGAUUCUGGUUUGUUUAUUACAGCAGAAUAUGUAGAAAGAACGAGAGACAAUGAUCUUGCCAUAAAAAUGUUCACUGCAUGGAAUUCAUUAACUUUACAAAGAAUUGAUCGACGCUGCGUUGUUGAUUACAAAAAACUACAAUGCACCGAUAAAUGUUCAGAGUCCUUUGUUGCAGAAUUCGUCGAGACUUCGCAUGUCUUUCAAUUCCCAAAGGCAAUCGAUAUUUUUUCAAGUAAAGAGAAAUAUUUGCCACCUUUACAUUUAAUGAUAACACACCAUUAUCGUGAUUGUAUUUUUUAUCAUACAAGCCAGAAUGGAAAGCUUUCUGAAAUCACUCAGUUGACGAAAUACAACGAUCAAGCAGAAAUCGUGUUUUGUUUACCAUAUGUUAGGUGUCCAUGUGUUGAUAGGGCUUUUGACAAAGUCCAUCCAAUGUCGUUUAAGGAAUUUUACGUUUUGCCGUAUUUUUCCAAGCUUAAAAUUUUCAAAACUGAUCAUCUUUGGAGACCUUCAUUUAUCUUUGAGAAAUUUAAAAUUAAAUGUUGUUGUUUUUCACCGGAUGGAUCUUUUUUUGCUGCUUUCGCUGUUGGUGACCACGUCAACAUUCAUAUUUGGAGCAUUGAACGUUGCACUAUUAUUCAAAUUAUACCAAUGCAACUGAAGAAUGCAAAAGGAUGCUGGUGGUCAGAGGGUUUACUUUGGAUAUGGGAUGGUUCUGAUCAUCUUAUGAAGAUAUCAACUUCGUCUGAACGUUUUGUAGAUUCCACACAGACAAAGCGGGUAUUCCUUGGAUUUAGACCGAGAAAAAUCUUAACAUUUGGUGAUGUCUUAGUUUGUAUUAACGAAGAAAAGUUUGUUCAAGUUGUUAGAAUCACCAAGGGUAAGAUACAAUAUAACAAAAGACUUCCUGUCGAUAGUUCAAAAUUUAUAGCAACAGCUGUAUUCCCAGAUAAUUCUGUUAUUUUAACUGUAAACAAAACAGAAUACACAUUAUGGAAAUGGGGAAAUAACAACAAUGUACUUUACUUGAAACCUUGGCAUACUGCAGAAAUACCCAUAACAGCUCUCAUUGAGAAAUUUGUUCCACAACAUGUAACUGUAGAUGAUCUAAAGAUCAACUGCUGUAUAAGAGAUAGUAAACAAGCAGUCAUAACAUUUUGCAAAGGCAACGAAAGUAUGGUCAUUUAUGUAAUUAAUGUUCACGAGAAUGGUUAUGUGAAUUCGAUUUUGCAUGAUGUCCGUGACAAUUAUUUCAAAUCCAACGUAAUCGUACAUAAAUCUUAUUGCAUUGGAGUGUUUGAUUGGACAUUGUUUGCUGUAGAUUUAAAGAGUGGUGAAGAGUGCGCUGAAUUUUACGAACAUUAUUAUAAGUCUAAUAUAACUAUGCAUUCCAAUACAGGAACUUUAGCUAUAGUUGAGAGUUUAAAGUACAGAAAAUUGCACAUAGAUGUUGAUGGUCGUAAGGAUGAUUACUUAUUUCCAUCUACUUAUUUCUACAGAAGAAGUAUACUUAUUCUACCAGGCAAUCUUUAAGAAACUAUCUACAUUUACCAAAAAUCAAUUUGGACCAAUUUUGCAAAAGAUCUUUUAAAUUUAUCGGUACUAUUUCUUGGAAUGUCUUACCUCAUGCUAUUAAAGAAUGUAAAAUAUUAUCUAUGUUUUGCAACAAUCUGAAACGAUGUAUAAUUGCUUUUUAUAACACAAAUGACUUGUAUUUAAAAAGAGCGCCUCUUUACUAAUUGAUCAUGAAUUUUUGUUUAUUCUUUUCUAAGAUUCUAAUUAUAAUCUUCAUAAAUGAAUUGUUAUUUAAACAGGGCAUCCUCUAGAUUAGACUACUACUGUAAGAUGCUUUGUCAAACUUAUUAUUAUGUAUUGUACCUCUGAACAAAUUUCAUGUUGAUGAUUUACUUUUUAAUAAAAAUGUAUGGUUA